CCAAUUGACUCUAAAGCCUCCAAAAUUUUGGCACUGAACAAAUUAUAGAGGCCUACCCACGCGCGGUGAGGGACCAAGAGACGGUGACAGUCCUCCUGUAUAUACCACCUAGCCAACUCGACAUUGCCUUUUCACCACCGAAUCGAAGAGAAGGGGGAGGAAAAAAGGGAAAAUGCAGAAAAUCCUUCGCCGCGUGGCCACCGCCGAGCGGGUAGCUGCCAAGCGGCAGAAGGCGAAAGAUCUCAGGAUCUUCAAGAAAGAGAAGAAAGAGUCAUUGAACGACCACAAAUCACAGAUGCAGAUGGUACGCUCUGAACUCGUUGCUGCGAAGAAUUCUAUAAGAGACAAUUGGAACCUAGGCCCGCUAGCACCUAGGAAGGACGUCGGCGAAUGGGCCGAAAGCGAGGGCGCCGUUGUUCAUGAGGCCCGCUACGGUACCGGAUACCGCCGUGUCUCCCUCGCCAUGCGCAAUCGCCGUUGUGCCUGGGCCGGCGGUGCUUACAACCUCAACCUCGCCGUCGGUGAUCGGGUUGUGUUGAUGGAAGGUCCGGAUGAAGGACGCAUCGGCCAGAUUGGGCGGAUCAAUGAGGAGAAGGCUGAGGUUCAAGUGAAUGGGUUAAAUAAGGCCAACAUCCGACUGCAACAAGAGAUCCGCGGCCAAACAGACGCCCCAGCCCUGAACACCGAACUGCCCAUCCCCAUCUCCGCGAUCCGACUCGUGCACCCGAUCAAAGAUACCCAGACCGGCGUCACGCGAGACGUCAUCAUCAACCAACUAGUCCACGCCGACUUCAUCCACGACCGAGUAACCGGCAAGAAGCAAUGGUCGCGUGUCGUUCCUGGUCUCAACGUAUCGAUCCCGUGGCCCAAAGAGGCCGAGGAAGAAUUAAAAGACUACGCCUCGGAUACCCUGCGUAUAGAUGUCGAAGAACGCACAUUUACGCCUACGCUACUCCACCCACCAAUGCCCGAAUCCGUCCUCGACGAACUGCGUAACAAAUACAGUCGUUUCCGUACGAGACACGACCCCGAGUACAUCGAACGCCUCGAGGCUGAGGAGCAGGCUAAGAAGGAUAGGCAGAAGUUGAUGAAUAGCAUGCGUACACCGUUACAAGAACUCCACCGUGCCGAGCGGGAGAAUAAGAAGAAGAAGGGUAAGCCGCGUCUGACGCAAGAGAUGCUGGAGAAGAUCGGCGAGGUUAUGGCGAAGAAUUUGGAGAGGACGAGGAAUGCGGGUGUCGCUCUACCUGAGGCCCCUAGCAGUAGUAGUGCUCCGACAACGUCUAGUGAGAUAGCUGUGCCUCCUCCACCUCCAGAGACGACAACUGAGGAAACACCUCCACCGCCAUCUUCGUGAGAGAAGAUUAGUUGUAAAAUAAAAACCAAAACGCCGUUUAAACCUGUAACAUAAAUGUAUAUACCGCAUUCAGGAACACAGGCUCAGAACCAACCAAUC